AUGUUUAUUUUGCAAAAUUCCUAAACCGCAUAUUUGAAGCAAUCGAGUGAAGAAUUAUUUUAUUUGCGUACCAAAUAAAAGAAAACCGGAAAGAUGUUGUACGGUCACUAAAACACGUGUAUUGCAAUAGAAAAAGUAAAAAUGGGGAAAAGGAAAAACGGAUUUAACUGGAAAGCAAGGCAACAUAAUGAAACAGUUGUAGAUCGAUCAGGCGAAAAGAAAAUAAAACUUGAUCCAGAAAUAGAAACAUCAAACAAAGAGGAUGAAAGCAAUAUAUUGGUUCUUCCUUCAGAGAAACGUAAAUCAAAAACUGUCAUCCAGACAACUAAGAAAGUUAAACAGCUGUCAAAAAAAGAAAGAAAAAGAUUGCAACAGGUACUGGAGAGAAAGAAGAAGAAAGCUCAUAGAGCUGAAUUGUUAGACUCUCUAUCUAAAGUGCAGGCCAGUAAUGAAGAACUUAAACAGUUUGCCAGUGUAGCAGAGAUGCAGACAGGAAAGUUCAAAAGAAAGCUGAAUGAAAAGAAAAAGGAUGCUGGUGAAAUAAACAGUGUUGCUAAAGGAAAAAAAAAGUCAACAGAAGUUAGAAUUGAUGAGUCAGAUGAUGGUAAUGAGUCUGAUAGUUCUGUUCAUACAUCAGAUAUGUCGACUGAUGAAGAUAGUGAUCCUGAUGACCAAAGUCAAGUUCAAGGUCAAACAGAGGAUAGUGGAUGUGAUACUUAUGACAAAAAAACUGUUCAUAUGGAAACAGAGACUAAUGCAAAAAUACAAAAUAAAAUGCAAGCUGGAGCCUCAAAAUUAGCAGAAAAGCCAGUAUUGAAAGAUGAAAGUGCAUGUAAUAAAGAGAAAAUGGACAAGAAGCCAGCUGUUAAUAUACCUGUACAGAGAUUACCUGGGAUGCAGGAAUCAAGACUGAAAUUACCAAUCUUGUCAGAGGAACAGUUUGUCAUGGAAACCAUUAAUGAAAACAUGGUUACAAUAAUAUGUGGUGAGACAGGAUCAGGAAAGACAACUCAGGUUCCACAAUUUCUGUACGAAGCUGGAUAUGCACACACUAAUGGUAUUAUAGCUGUGACAGAACCCAGAAGAGUGGCAGCCAUUAGUAUGUCUAACAGAGUGGCAAAAGAGUUAAAUCUAUCUGAGAGAGAAGUAUCAUACCAAAUUAGAUACGAAGGCAAUGUGACACCAGACACAAAAAUCAAGUUUAUGACUGAUGGUGUUCUUCUGAAAGAAGUCCAAAAGGACUUUCUAUUGACAAAAUACAGUGUUGUGAUUAUUGAUGAGGCCCAUGAAAGGAGUGUCUAUACAGACAUUCUGAUUGGUCUGUUGUCUAGGAUUGUACCACUUAGAAAUAAGCAAGGAAAGAAACUGAAGUUAAUCAUCAUGUCUGCGACCUUGCGAGUUGAAGAUUUUACAGAAAACAGAAGACUAUUUAAAAUAGAACCACCUGUUGUGAAGGUAGAUUCUAGGCAGUUCCCUGUUACAAUACAUUUUAACAAGAGAACACCACUUGAGGAUUAUCUUGGAGAAGCCUUCAAAAAGGUGUGUAAAAUCCACAGGACUUUACCUGAAGGAGGGAUAUUGGUGUUUGUCACAGGGCAACAGGAAGUACACACAUUAUGUAAGAAAUUACGUCAAACCUUCCCUUUUGAAGGCAAAGUUGAACCAAAGUCUAAGAAGAGUAGGAGAAAAAAGAAAGAAAACAAGACAGAAAUUCUUCCAAAGAUAAAUUUAGAUAACUAUUCCAUUGAGCCAGUAGAUGAAGAAGCAGAGAGAGAGGCUGAUGAUUCUGAUCAAGAAAUAGAAGAUAAUUUUAUGGAGGGUGAUGAUGAAGAUGUGCAUCUGCAGCUCAGUGAAGAUUUACAGACAGGUGGCACAACAGAACCUCUAUAUGUUUUACCGUUAUAUUCAUUGCUGUCAAAAGAAAAACAGAGCAAGGUAUUUGAUCCUCCUCCAGAAGGUUGCAGACUUUGUGUCGUGGCAACCAAUGUAGCUGAAACUUCACUUACAAUACCUGAUAUAAAAUAUGUCGUGGACACAGGAAAGGUCAAGACCAAGUUUUAUGACAAAGUGACAGGUGUAUCUACCUUUAAAAUUACCUGGACUUCUAAAGCUUCAGGCAAUCAGAGAGCAGGACGAGCAGGUCGUACGGGACCAGGUCACUGCUACAGAUUAUAUUCAUCUGCUGUGUAUAAUGAUGAUUUUGAAAAGUUUUCAUUGGCUGAGAUCAUUCGACGACCUGUUGAUGACCUUGUUCUUCAAAUGAAGUACAUGAAUAUAGACAGAAUUGUAAACUUUCCUUUUCCUACACCGCCUGAUGAUGAACAAGUGAAGGCAGCAGAGACGUUACUAGUAUCUCUUGGAGCUCUGACAGAACCUAUAAAAUCUGUCCGUAUGAAAGACUUGAAGAAAACUCCAAUCACAAAAAUCACACCUCUUGGCAAAGUCAUGGCUUGCUUUCCAGUGUCUCCCAGAUAUGCUAAAAUGUUAGCUCUAGGUCACCAACAUGACCUUCUGUCAUAUGUGGUUGCCAUAGUAGCAGGGUUAUCAGUACAGGAAGUAUUUGUAGAAACACAGAAACCUCCAGACACAGAUAAAGAGCAAGAUGAUUUCAGAAGUCAAAUACAGUACAUAUCACAAGUGAAAAAAUUGUGGGCAGGAACAGGCCAUUCAAUGUUGCUUGGAGACCUAAUGGUAUUACUAAAAGCCAUUGGUUCAGCUGAAUACCAGGGAUGUACCCUAGAGUUCUGCCAGAAACAUGGACUACGAUAUAAAGCUAUGAAAGAAGUUAGGAAAUUGAGAGCACAGCUAACAAAUACAGUAAAUAUGGUGAUACCAGAUGCCAAUAUUUGUUUGGACCCUAAGCUGAAACCCCCAUCUGAUAUACAGGCAAAAUUAAUCAGACAGAUUAUACUUGCUGGACUAGCAGAUCAUGUUGCUAGAAGAUUCCCUGAUCCUCCUUCAGAUGCGGAUGAAACUUUAAAGAAAAGGAAACAUGCUUACCAGUGUACAGAAUUAGAUGAACCAGUAUUUAUUCACCCUUUCUCAGUAUUAUACAAACAGAAACCAGAAUUUAUUGUUUACCAACAUAUAGAAGAAACCUCAAAACUAUACAUGAAAGGUAUCAGUGCCAUUGAAUCAGAGUGGUUACCAGUUUAUGCUCCAAGUUUUUGUACUUUGUCCAAACCACAAGAAGAUCCUCCACCAUUUUAUGAUAAAUCAAAAGACCAGAUAAGAUGUCACAUGACUAGCACUUUUGGAAGGUGUUGCUGGGAAGUCCAGAGUGUGGAUUUAGAAUACCCAGCUAAUUUAGAUAAAUAUCGGUGGUUUGCCAGAUUUCUGCUUGAAGGAGCUGUUGUUCAAGGAUUGAAGAAAUAUGUUACUGUGUUGCUGUCAUCACCAUCGACUAUGGUCAAAUCUUGGGCAAAGUUGCAACCAAGAACAGAAAAAUUAUUGAAGGAACUAGUAGCAGCUAGUGUAGACAGUAAAGAAUCUUUGUUGAAAGCUUGGCAGAAAGAUCCAAAAUAUCUGCUCAACACAUUUUGCCAAUGGGUACCUCAGUCUAAACAUACAGAAAUUGAAAUGACCUGGCCACCAGUGAAGUGAUUCUAUCAUAUAAUUCAACAGAAUUAAAACAACCUCUAGACUACAGAUCUUGAGAGAUCAAACUUGCCCAGCAGAUAACAUGGAUAAUGUUCAGUUCAUUUAUGCAAGGAAAAACCAUGAGGUUAAUCAAUGUCCAAUGUUCAAGCGACAGAACAAAUUGAAGUAGUCUGUGAAUUGAUAACAUGACAAUUUAUUAGACCAAGUGAUUGUGUUGUCUAGUUGUGUAACCAGCCUGUGAUAAAGCAUAUCUCUUUAUACAUAAUAUUGUUAUGAUGUUUGCCUAUGAUGAGGGUUUGGAUGGCGGUUUACAAAAUAGAGAAUAAUGGACCAAUAAUACAGAAUAAUGAGGCAAAAAAAUAAAGAAUAGAGAAAAAUAAGCCUAAAAAAUUAUUAGGGUGCUAAAUUAUAAAGAAUAGAGAAUACUCAGCAAAAUUUUUAAAGAAUAGAGAAAAAAUUGACUUACAAAUUCAAGAAUACAGAAAUGGAGAUCCCCCAUCCAGAUCCUUAAUGAUGUUAUUUGUUAAUGAACACAUAAAUGCAUUGAAAUAGAAUACUAAUUGUUUUU